GCUCGUGUAUGAGUGCUCCCAGCCCUCUUUCACUGUUGCAACGGCUGGACAUUCUAAUCGGGGUGGCAAAGGGGCUGCAUUACCUGCAUGACUUUGGCAUAGUGCAUCGCGACAUCAAGCCAGCCAACAUUCUCCUAGACACAAAGAUGCAGGCCAAAAUUGCAGACUUUGGUCUUGUGAAACUCACUGAGGGCACCACUAUGGGCACAUCUGUGGCUGCCACUCGAGUGAUGGGAACACCGGGCUAUGUGGACCCUGCAUACUAUAAGUCACACAAGGCCACUACAGCAGCAGAUACUUAUAGUUUUGGAGUGGUGAUGCUGGUGGUCAUCUCAGCUCGCAAGGCCGUGCAUUAGCUCGUUUUCAUAGGAAUUGCA